AUGGGUCACUCCCACGGUCUCCGUUCCGGCACCCGGUAUGCUUUCUCUCGCGACUUCAGACAGAAGGGUCAGAUCCACCUCUCGACCUACCUGAAGACCUACCGGGUCGGUGAUAUUGUGGACAUCAAGGUCAACGGUGCCGUUCAGAAGGGUAUGCCCUACAAGGUCUACAACGGUAAGACCGGUGUUGUCUACAACGUCACCAAGUCCUCCGUCGGUGUCCUCCUCUACAAGGUCGUCGGCAACCGCUACCUCGAGAAGCGCAUCAACGUCCGCGUCGAGCACGUCAAGCACUCCCGUUCCCGUGAGGAUUUCGUCAAGCGUGUCAAGGAGAACGCCGAGAAGAAGAAGCAGGCUAAGGAGCAGGGUGUUCACCUCCACCUGAAGCGCCAGCCUACCCUCCCCCGUGAGGCUCACAAGGUCGAGGGUACCGCUCCCGAAACCAUCACUCCUCUCCCCUACGACACCCACAUCUAAGCUGAGCGGAGCGAU